GGUAGCUUCCGGCCGCGUCCAGAGCCCAGACUCUCCCCAGAGACUGCGCCUGCGCGGGCACGGGACAACCUCUCUGCGAUGACUGUGAGUGGUGCAGGGACCCCCGAGCCCCGGCCGGCUAUCCCCGGGGCCAACUCAGUGGCAGUGGAGCAGCUGCGGAAAGAGGGCAACGAGCUGUUCAAAUGUGGAGACUACCAGGGCGCCCUGGCGGCCUACACUCAGGCCUUGGGUCUGGACGCGACGCCCCAGGACCAGGCCAUUCUGCACCGGAACCGGGCCGCCUGCCACCUGAAGCUGGAAGAUUACGACAAAGCAGAAACAGAGGCAUCCAAAGCUACCCUUACCUUUUCUGAGGCUGAAGCACCGAGCCCCACAUUCGUCCCCCACCUUCCUCUGGCUUUUCCUCGAGAUCUUUCCCUACUGCUCUUGCCUGACGACGGUGGCCUCAUGGGUGCUGACAGAGCUCCUGUUUGUGCUCAGCCAUUGAAAAGGAUGGUGGGGAUGUCAAGGCACUCUACCGGCGGAGCCAAGCCCUAGAGAAGCUGGGCCGCCUAGACCAGGCUGUCCUUGACCUGAAGAGAUGUGUGAGCUUGGAACCCAAGAACAAAGUUUUCCAGGAGGCCUUGCGGAACAUCGGGGGCCAGAUUCAGGAGAAGGUGCGAUACAUGUCCUCGACGGAUGCCAAAGUGGAACAGAUGUUUCAGAUACUAUUGGACCCAGAAGAGAAGGGCACUGAGAAAAAGCAAAAGGCAUCUCAGAACCUGGUGGUGCUGGCCAGGGAGGAUGCUGGAGCUGAGAAGAUCUUCCGGAGCAAUGGGGUUCAGCUCCUGCAACGCCUACUGGACACGGGAGAGACUGACCUCAUGCUGGCUGCUCUGCGUACACUGGUUGGCAUUUGCUCUGAGCAUCAGUCACGGACCGUGGCAACCCUGAGCAUACUGGGCACUCGGCGAGUGGUCUCCAUCCUGGGUGUGGAAAACCAGGCUGUGUCGCUGGCUGCCUGCCACCUGCUGCAGGUUAUGUUUGAUGCCCUCAAGGAAGGCGUCAAAAAAGGCUUCCGAGGCAAAGAAGGCGCCAUCAUCGUGGAUCCUGCCCGGGAACUGAAGGUCCUCAUCAGUAACCUCUUAGAUCUGCUGACAGAGGUGGGGGUCUCUGGCCAAGGCCGAGACAAUGCCCUGACUCUUCUAAUUAAAGCGGUGCCCCGGAAGUCUCCCAAGGACCCCAACAACAGCCUCACCCUCUGGGUCAUUGACCAAGGUCUGAAAAAGAUUUUGGAAGUGGGAGGCUCUCUACAGGACCCUCCUGGGGAGCUCACAGUGACCGCAAACAGCCGCAUGAGCGCCUCCAUUCUCCUCAGCAAGCUCUUCGAUGAUCUCAAGUGUGAUGCCGAGAGGGAGAAUUUCCACCGACUCUGUGAAAACUACAUCAAGAGCUGGUUUGAGGGCCAUGGGCUGGCCGGGAAGCUACGGGCCAUCCAGACGGUGUCCUGCCUCCUGCAGGGCCCAUGUGACGCCGGCAACCGGGCCUUGGAGCUGAGUGGUGUCAUGGAGAGUGUGAUCGCUCUGUGUGCCUCUGAGCAAGAGGAGGAGCAGCUGGUGGCCGUGGAGGCUCUGAUCCACGCAGCUGGCAAGGCCAAACGGGCCUCAUUCAUCACUGCCAAUGGUGUCUCGCUGCUGAAGGACCUAUAUAAGCGCAGCGAGAAGGACAGCAUCCGCAUCCGGGCGCUGGUGGGCCUCUGUAAGCUCGGUUCGGCUGGAGGGACUGACUUUAGCAUGAAGCAAUUUGCUGAAGGCUCCACUCUCAAACUGGCCAAGCAGUGUCGAAAGUGGCUGUGCAAUGACCAGAUUGAUGCGGGCACUCGGCGCUGGGCAGUGGAGGGCCUGGCUUACCUGACCUUUGACGCCGACGUGAAGGAAGAGUUUGUGGAGGAUGCGGCUGCCCUGAAGGCUCUGUUCCAGCUCAGCAGGUCUGAGGAGAGGUCGGUGCUCUUUGCGGUGGCUUCCGCGCUGGUUAACUGCACCAACAGCUACGACUUUGAGGAGCCUGACCCCAAGAUGGUGGAGCUGGCCAAGUAUGCCAAGCAGCACGUGCCCGAGCAGCACCCCAAGGACAAGCCGAGCUUUGUGCGGGCUCGGGUGAAGAAGCUGCUGGCAGCGGGUGUGGUGUCGGCCAUGGUAUGCAUGGUGAAGACGGAGAGCCCUGUGCUGACCAGUUCCUGCCGAGAGCUGCUCUCCAGGGUCUUCCUGGCUUUGGUGGAAGAGGUGGAGGACCGAGGCACCGUGGUUGCCCAGGGAGGCGGCAGGGCGCUGAUCCCGCUGGCCCUGGAAGGCACGGACGUGGGGCAGACAAAGGCAGCCCAGGCCCUUGCCAAGCUCACCAUCACCUCCAACCCCGAGAUGACCUUCCCUGGCGAGCGGAUCUAUGAGGUGGUCCGGCCCCUUGUGUCCCUGUUGCACCUGAACUGCUCAGGCCUGCAGAACUUCGAGGCGCUCAUGGCCCUAACAAACUUGGCGGGGAUCAGCGAGAGGCUCCGACAGAAGAUCCUGAAGGAGAAGGCUGUGCCCAUGGUCGAAGGCUACAUGUUUGAGGAGCAUGAGAUGAUCCGCCGGGCAGCCACAGAGUGCAUGUGUAACUUGGCCAUGAGCAAGGAGGUGCAGGACCUCUUUGAAGCCCAGGGCAAUGACCGGCUGAAGCUGCUGGUGCUGUACAGCGGAGAGGAGGACGAGCUGCUGCAGCGGGCGGCCGCCGGGGGCUUGGCCAUGCUUACCUCCAUGCGGCCCGCGCUCUGCAACCGCAUUCCCCAAGUGACCACACACUGGCUGGAGAUCCUGCAGGCCCUGCUUCUGAGCCCUAACCAGGAGCUGCAGCACCGGGGUGCCGUGGUGGUGUUGAACAUGGUGGAGGCCUCCAGGGAGAUUGCCAGCACCCUGAUGGAGAGCGAGAUGAUGGAGAUCCUGUCAGUGCUGGCCAAGGGUGACCAGAGCCCUGUCUCAAGGGCUGCUGCAGCCUGCCUGGACAAAGCCAUGGAAUAUGGGCUUAUCCAGCCCACCAACCAAGAUGGAGAGUGAGGGGGCUGCCUCUGGGCCCAAGGCACAUGCACACGCUACCUACUGUGGCAUGGAGAGCAAGGACAGAAGCAGCUUUGGGUGGUGGGGGCCAGCAUGCCCAACACUCUUGCCCCUCCUCCCUUGCCACCCUGUAAUGUCCUCUGUUCUGAGUCAGUGGCCACGCUUAGUCACAUAGCCCUGCUUGGCCAGCACUGCCUGCAGCCUCACUCAGAGGGGCCCUUUUUUUGUACUACUGUAGUCAGGUGGGAUUGGGAAAGGCGCAUCCCAGCUCGGCCUGUGGAUCGUGGGGCAUCGGGAAGGGCGCACACAACAGCAGCCUCACCAGCUGUGAGCGUGGCACACUGUCAGCCCUGCCCCUGCCCGUCCAGUAAAAGUGUGUAGAACUCCA